AUGUGCAUUUCUUUCAUUGCUGUCUCAUUUUUCAGACCCAGUUCAGUCCUUGCUAGUCAUUCGCGAUGUCUCCAUCAAACCACAGUGACAGAAAAGGCAGAAAGCUCAACACAAGCCAAACAGGCAAGCACUGAAGUAGCUGCCAAGAAAUUUUCACUUCCCAGCAAUAAAGGGGAGUAUGUCAUCACAAAACUAGAUGAGCUGAUAAAUUGGGCCCGACGGAGUUCUUUGUGGCCCAUGACCUUUGGGCUUGCCUGCUGUGCUGUUGAAAUGAUGCACAUGGCAGCGCCCAGGUAUGACAUGGACAGGUUCGGCAUCGUCUUCCGUGCUAGUCCUCGGCAGUCAGACGUCAUGAUCGUGGCUGGUACUCUCACAAACAAAAUGGCUCCAGCUCUUCGAAAGGUUUAUGAUCAGAUGCCUGAACCUCGCUACGUAGUCUCCAUGGGCAGCUGCGCAAAUGGUGGUGGUUAUUACCAUUACUCCUAUGCUGUGGUGAGGGGCUGUGACAGAAUUGUGCCAGUAGAUAUUUAUGUCCCAGGCUGCCCACCUACAGCUGAAGCACUUCUGUAUGGAAUUCUGCAACUGCAGAAGAAAAUAAAGAGGGAAAGAAGAUUAAGCAUUUGGUAUCGGAAAUAAAUGGAUGUAUAAUUGCAACCAGUAUUUAUAAUGUGUGUGGGCCAUAAUGUGAUUCUUUGGUGGAGGAAUGAAUUCUUUGUUGUUAUGUUAUAUAUGAAUGUAUCCUAUAAACUUUCAUUUAAAAAGUUGAAA